UUUGGAAAUUCAAGAAGGAGAAGCUUCUAAUGAAAGUUCUAUUGAAGAAAUGGAUAAGAGAACUGAAUUUGGGAUUGAAGAUGAGAAGAAAAAUUUGAAAGAUUUUUCUUCAAUUGACAAACAAAAAGAAGAAGAAAAUAUUAAUGAUGUGAUAAAUAAAGAAAUAAAAAUGACAAGUGUUCCUGAAGUAAAAGAAUGUAAAAAUGGACAAAAAUCUGUUUCUUUAUAA